UUGAUCGCUUACGAGCAAUUGGAGCUUGGGCAGGGCACUUCCUUCUGAGCCUUAAAGUCACUCGCUGUAAAAAUAGCGAUAGAAAUGCCUCAACUAGUGCAUCCGCUCAACACCCGGCGCGCGGUGGGUACGCCGUAAAUGUCCUUGCUUCUCCAGCCCUCCUCACGCGGAGCCUGAGCCUGGCCCUUGCACCACGCCGGCGCCGCACCGACCGCGCUGCACUGCACGCCUCCUCCCCAGCGCCCAAAUCUGGCAAGGGAGCAGGGCCUGGGCCUACUCUGGGAAGAACACCCAGUUGCCCGCACCCCCUGCCUGACCAAGGCCCACUGACAAUGGACAAGGGGGAGGAAGACGACGAUGAGGAAGCCUGGCUGCAGCUUCGGCCGGUGGAGCCCUUGCCCUCCCAGUGCUGCGGCAGUGGCUGCUCACCCUGCGUGUUCGACCUCUACCAGCGAGACCUAGCAAGUUGGGAGGCAGCCCGAGCCAGCAAGGACAGGAGCCUGCUGAGUGGAGAAGAGACACAGAGCUGUCCUUCCAAGCUGACCCCAGAGACCUUCCUAGCCUUCUGCAUCAGUGCCACGGACAGACUCACUAAGGACACCUACCUUGUCCGGUUUGCAUUACCUGGGAACAGCAGGCUCGGCUUGCGGCCUGGCCAGCACCUCAUCCUACGAGGGAUAGUAGAUGGCUUAGAAAUUCAGAGAGCCUAUACGCCCAUCAGCCCUGCCAACGCAAAAGGAUACUUUGAAGUUUUAAUCAAGUGCUACCCGACAGGGCUGAUGUCCCAGUAUGUGGAGUCCUGGAAAGCAGGAGACACGGCUUUCUGGCGAGGACCUUUCGGAGGCUUCUUCUAUAAACCAAACCAGUAUGGUGAGCUCCUCAUGCUGGCUGCUGGCACCGGCCUGGCCCCCAUGGUGCCCAUCCUGCAGAGCAUCACAGACAACGCAGAGGAUGAGACCUUCAUCACCCUGGUCGGCUGCUUCAAGACCUUUGAGGGCAUCUACCUGAAAACCUUCCUCCGGGAGCAGGCUCGUUUCUGGAAUGUCCGCACCUUCUUUGUACUCAGCCAGGAGAACUCCCUAGAGCAGCUUCCCUGGAGUUACCGGGACAAGACCCACUUUGGCCGCCUGGGCCAGGACCUGAUUGAAGAGCUGGUCGGCUCCUGUCGGAGAAAGCCGUUUGCGUUGGUCUGUGGCUCAGCUGAGUUUACCAAGGACGUGGCCGGGUACUUGCUGAGCGCAGGCCUGGCCGAGGACUCCUACUUCCUCUUCUAAGCCUGGCCUCCCUUCUAAAGCUCAGGCCAGGGGCCUGGCACUGGGACGCAGGAAGGGACACAGACUGGAAUCCAAAGACAUGAAAGGAAGACCGCUGCUAACUCUGCAGGUGACCUGGGACAAAUGUCUUUUACCUCUGCACACCUCCGUUUCUCAUCCACCCCACGCGGUUCCUGACUCCCUCAAGCAGGCAUCCUACUGGGAGGAGGGAGAUGGAGCUGUAGGAACCCUGGGGAGGUGAGUAUCCUGCCAGGAGUCAGGGAGGACUCCCUGGAGGGAGCCAGGUCCUGGCUGGGUAGGAGUUGGCAGGAGAAGGACUAGGAGGGGCUUUCCUGGUUCCUCAGCUUCAAGGGUUUGAGAGGGGCUCCCACUGGGCCCUGCCCUGUAAUGCCUGUGCCAAAACCUGCUUUCCCUGGAGAUGUGUGUCUCUUGUGACCUCAGGGCUGGCUCGGGUGAGGUGCUCACUGGUUAGGGAAUGACCAUAGCGGAGGCUAGAGGAGGCACUUGCUGUAUGUACCUCCAGUGCCGUGAGCCUGACACAAUGAAGGUCGUGGGUUCUGUGACCUGACCAUGUCUCAGAACAAGGUGGGGCCCUAGAUUACCUUUGUUCUGGCACCAGGUCUUUUGUGCUGCAAAAGGCUUCACUCUCAGUCUCCUUUUCCUGGCUCAAGAGCCCAGCCCAGAGUCCUUUCCCCAGCAAAAGAGCCGUGAAAGCAAAUGCCCCUCCCUCCUGCAGGCAGCCAGCUCAGCCAUGCCUUCAGCUGCAGCGCCCUGGUGAUGGUUGCUAUGGAGAUCUAAAGAUAGAGCAGGAGUCGGGAGACCUGGGUCCUUCUCCCUGCUCUGCCCACUGAGCUGCUGCUGUUUCUGAGGCACCCACCCCUCCCCUCCACACCCCACCCCCUCCAUCCUUCGUGGGGCAUGCCCUCUGCAGGGAACUUGGCAGUCCUGGGCAGCACACCAGUUAACGAAUUCUGCUUUCUGUAGCCUGGGCUCCAGUAUGCUGUACCAGCUCAGGCUGGCUACAGGCAGUCCCAGAGUUGGAAUAUUAAGCCAUGGAAUCUCAGAAUCAAAGAACCAUAGAAUCGUAGAGUUGGAAUUUUGCAGUCAUAGAAUCACAACCCUCAUCAUAUCAGAGGUUAAAGCUCAGGACUCCAAAAAGCAUCCCAUCUACCAGACUCAUUGUAUCAAUGGGGAAACCAAGGCCCAGCGAGGCCAUGUGACCUGCCCAAGGUAAAACAGUUCAUGGCAAGGCCAGUGUCAGAAGCCAGGUCUCUAAUGUCAGCCCUGUCCUCAGAGUUCUGUACCAGUGAUUUUUUUUUUUUCUUUUCUUUUUUUUUUUUUUUGCGGUACGCGGGCCUCUCACUGUUGCGGCCUCUCCUGUUGUGGGGCACAGGCUCCGGACGCGCAGGCUCAGCGGCCAUGGCUCACGGGCCCAGCUGCUCCGCGGCAUGUGGGAUCUUCCCGGACCGGGGCACGAACCCGUGUCCCCUGCAUCGGCAGGCGGACUCUCAACCACUGCGCCACCAGGGAAGCCCUGUACCAGUGAUUUUUAAACUGGGCUCUGCAGGACACUACAGUUCCUGGCACGAGAGCAGUGAAGGAAUGGCCAGGUGGGAUCUCCAGGCCCCCUACCAACCAGAACAGUUUUGUUUUUAUCCCAUUUAUAUCUUGGAGCUUGGAGUCAUUUUCAUUUGUGAAACAGGGUUUUCCUGCACUGCCCAAAAAGUUGCAACAAAUCUCCUUGCUGUGCCACGUUCAAUAAAUAAUUAUGGCAAGCAGUUGGGGGAUGGUGCCAAAGGUUUCAAACCAAGUUUCACAGACAGAAUUCCAUGGUCAAAUAGAUGUGGGGAAUACUGCAUGUGACCUUCACCAGGAAUCACGUGCACACGAGCAUAUUAAAGCCUCUGAAAAGUCCAGCGGUGAAGAAACGUUUUUCAUUUUGUUUAACCCAGAGUUUCCCAAGCUUAUUUAAUUAGAGAACACUUUGAGACUAGCAUUCCAUGGACUACUUCAGGAAAUGCUGGUCUGUUGCAAAACCUCUUUUCAGCAUAGCAUAAUCAUUGGGGAGGCCCUUCCCUGAGAGGCAGAGGUCCCGAGCAGGAACUGUGAUUUCAUUCGGCCUCUCCUGUGACUUGAGCAAGGCACUUUCUUUCUCAGGGCCUCUGAAUCUAUGCAUCUUCCUCCACCCUUUCUUCUCCCUCCACCCUUUCUUCUCCCUCCACCCUUUCUUCUCCCUCAGUUAGUACGUCCUAUUGAUUCUACUCACAAAUACUCCUGGAGGACCUGUUAGGAGCCAGACUCUUAGGCACUGAAGGAAGAACAAUGAACAAGGUGGGUACAGUUCUGGGAAGCUCCAUUGGGGAGCUUAUAGUCCGACAAGGAAGGCAGAAAUUAGAGUUGUAAUUCUUAAAGGGAUGAGUGUGCUAAAAAGGGAAGUAUGGAGCUCUAGGAGAAUGGAAGGCAAUGCUCUAGCCUGGCCUAGGGGAGGCCAGGACGCACCACUGCACUGAAGGUAGAAGCCUCUCACUCAUAGUUAGGGGUGGUAGGUGGUCCCCACUUAGGGAGUGAGGGGUCUGGGGCAGUUCUUGUCUGUCUGUCUUUUCCCAUUUUAGAUACUUGAUGUUUAGCUAUUUCUUACCAUCCAGUGAUAACCAACAGCCCCUCUUACCCUAGAGUGUGUCACCCUCCCCUUCCCCUCCCUCACUCCGUGUGGGAUCUGUGCGGUCUAGGUGCUGGUGGGGUUCCAUAUGGGACAUUGGUGAAGACCCAGCCACGCCCUUGGUGCCAAGAUGCCGAAGGGCUCAUACCAUCUGGAAACUUGAGAGCUCAUGGCUGGGUCCUGUGCCUCGAAAGAUGAUAAGUGAGUCCAAGAAGGGGACUAGUUGGAGUGUGUGAGCACGAACCUCUUUGAAUCAGGGUGAGGUUCCCAGCUCAGGGUGAGCUGGCCCAUUCCUCCCAUCUCUCCUGGUGAUGCUGUCAGGGUGUUGGUGGCAAAAUCAAUGGCUGCCUUGGUUCCGUCCUCAUCAUGUUUUGCCUGCAACAUUCCCAUCCUCAGCCUCCAACCUCCGGCCUCUCCCCUACACCCCCUUUCACACUGUGGCCAGACCCAUUUUUUUUAAAUUGUAGUGAUAACACUGUGUUGGCCAAAAAGUUGUACGGGUUUUUCCGUAAGAUGUUAUGGACAAACCGGAAUGAACUUUUUGGCCAGCCUAAUACUUAACAUGAGAUCUACCUUCAUAACAAAUGUCUAAGUGUAGGAUACAUUGUUGUUGAGUGUGAGUACAGUGUUGCAGCUCUCCAGAGCUUAUUCAGACUGCUUCUCUUAACACGCAGAUCUGAGCCUAUCACUCCCUUGCUUAAAUCCUUCAGUGGCUCCCUGCUGCCCUCAGGGUACAGCAUGGUGGCUCUGCUUACCUCUCCAGGCUCAUUUUGUCUUAGUCCCCCUCCCCUCAGCUCUUAUGUUCCAAGCACGCUCUCUUGCGUCCUUCAGUCCCUUCACAUCUGCUGCUUCCUCUGCCUGGGCCAGCCUUCCACCCUCCCAUCUUCCACUCACCUAAACCUCCUUGUCUUUAGAGGACUUAGCUUAGUGUUAUUGCCUCUCGGAAGCCCUGCCUGCCUCUAUACUCCAGGCUAGAUUACUGAGCAGAGUCUUGCGCGUCCUUCUGUUGCUGCGCCCAUCAAACUGUCUCUUAUGCAUGUGAGCACAUCAGGGGUCGUCCCUGUUCAUUGUGUCCCCGGCGUGGAAGGGUGCUCAGUACAUCCUGGAUGUCAAACACCUGAAUGAUAAACAGCUGACAUUUCACGGAGUCCUUUACAGGUUGCAAAAGGCUCUUCACCUACACUGAAGCAUGCAGUCGUCACCAAAGUGCAUGCUAUUUUAUUACCCCAAUUUACUGAUGAGGAAACUAAGCUUCUGAGACAUUAAACAAUUCUCCAAGGUCACACAGAGGUACAUGCUGCAAUUGUUAUAAAGGCUGUAUGUGACACGAGGGUGCACCAGGAGACGUGUAUAAAGACUUUCACUGCUGUACUGUUUGAAACCGCAAAGAAUGGAAACUACCUAUAUGUUCAUCGGUAAGAAAAUGGAGAAAUGCACUGUUCUAUGUAGACUCACAGUGGAAUACCAUACAGCAGUUAAAGUGAGUAAACUAGAUUUCCAUGUAUCAACAUAGACUAAAUCCUAAAAACAUAAUAAUUGAGUGAAAACCAAAUUGUAAAAGAAAAGGUACAGUAAGAUAGCCAUAUUUGGAAAGUUUAAAAACACAAAAGAAUACCAAAUGCUCAGGAAGGAGAUUCACCAACUUCAAGGAUAGUGGUGACCUCUGACAGAGAGAAGGGAGGGGGAUGGGGUGGGAUGAGGGCUUUUAUCUGUGUCACUUUACUAUAAAAAUAUCUGAAAUGAAUACAGCAAAGUAUGAUCAUCUGGUAAAUCUGGAUGAUGGGUUCACCAUUGUCUGCUUUAUUAAUGUUCUAUCUUUGUCUGUGUUUGAAAUAGUUCCAUAAUUAGAGAUUUGUUAAAAUAAGAUUAAAUAUGCCUGGUCAAAGUACUUCAGAAACUAGAGGCUUAAAAACAUUCAUUCCUUCUCUCCCACCUCAGGAUAGGUUGUGCCCUUUUAUGCCUCCAAGCUUUUCAGUCUUUCAUUUGAAACUACUGCGAGUACCUACCGUGUGCCCUGAUUAGUCACAACAGUCAGUACUAUAAACCGUGCCCACAGCACCCAUAUUCUGUAGGUAUACAGGGCAAGUAACUUGGCCUCUCUGGGCCUCAGCUUACUUACUCAUCUAUAAAGUGGAGAUGGUACCACCAUCUCCCAGGACUGUGUGAGGAUGAGGGAAACGUAUGUGAUGCCCAAGCACAGUGCCUGGCCGGAGCGAGUGUGAGAACCAGCCCGCUUUCUCUCCUCUCCCUGGAGGCCCUCCCCAGCAGUGCCUGGCUCAUGCUGGCCUCUGGACGACAGCACUUGUUCUCAAACCUUUCACUAUCAAGAACUCCCUUUUUUGGACUUCCCUGGUGGUGCAGUGGUUAAGAAUCCGCCUGCCAAUGCAGGGGACAUGGGUUUGAGCCCUGGUCCGGGAAGAUCCCACGUGCCGCGGGGCUGCUAAGCCCGUGCGCCACAACUACUGAGCCUGCGCUCUAGAGCCCGCGAGCCACAAAUACCGAAGCCCGCGUGCCUGGAGUCCGUGCUCUACAACAAGAGAAGCCACCGCAAUGAGAAGCUCAUGCACCGCAACGAAGAGUAGCCCCCGCUCGCCGCAACUAGAGAAAGCCCGUGCGCAGCAACGAAGACCCAGUGC